AUGUCUCGCUCAUCCAAAGCAAAGGGCCGCUCGGCCAAGUCGACAACAGUGACGAUACAAUACGAUGCCACGCUCAAGUCUUCGCUCGUCCACCUGCCCAUGUGCCUUUACGCACCCCUGGUCGACCUUGCCGUACCUCCACAGUCGCUCGUCGUCGAAAUACAUCCGACAUCCACCACGAGCCAGUUUGUCGCUCCCUACUAUGCCGGUUGGUCAGGCAUGAGUGCAGCACCGCUGUCGGUCGCUAACUCGCUUUCACAGAAGCCAUCAUCGUCAUCAUCGUCUGCCAACGGAAAGUCGACCGCAUCCGACGUGCUCAACAUCGCCCCUUCCCUCGCAGCAUCGUUCCAUCCUCCCUUGCCAGACGGUGCCAUCUGCUCUGUGCGUCUCCUUCGCUCUCCGCCUCUUCCCACCGCCACCAAGAUCGAUGUCACCCCAUUGUCGGCUGACGACUGGGAGAUCCUCAGUUUGCAUGCUGAAGAGGUCGAGCUCAACAUGCUUGGCCAGGUGCGCGCAGCCACUACCAAUCAGGUCAUCACCGUUCAUGUCGGCAGAGGCGCCAACACGCUCGUGCGCUUCCGCGUCGACUCCACCACCCCGAGCACAGCCGCCGUAGACGCUGCUGAGCCCGACACCGACGAUGCAGAUGCGGCUGCCUCGGCCAUUGCCGUUCGACUCUCUACCGAUACCGAAGUCAUCAUUGCUCCUAGAUUGCGAAAGAAGGCCGUCGACCCAUCCAUGGAAGAGGAGCACUCUUUGCAGCCUACCAAUAAGCCAACCCUCAAUGGAUCCGGCGCCGGGAGCGAGGUGCACGAUCUGCGGCACACGCUACCAAAGCUGCUUUGGCGCGUCUUGCCUCAACGCUUUGCCCAAGGUCUGCACCUCGACAGCUUCUCUACAAGUGUCGUGGUACCAUCAUCGUCGGCGAUAGGUCAUGCCCAGCUGCAAACGGUCUACCCGGAUAGCCGCUUAUCCGUCACCAAAGUGUCGUGUCCAACCAACAACAGUGCUCAGGAGAUGUCAAAUGCAGGCAGAGACAAGGGCUCUGCUUCCACAUCCGCGAAUGUCUUCGACGAGGCGAGCAACGAUGCAACCACCUCCUCAGGUAACAUGCCUGUGAGGCCCACAGCGAGCGCUCGCUUUAUCAGUGCCGAUGAUCUGCCAGGCGCCAGGAUCCACAAUGAUGCAUCUUGGCCAGAACGACAUGUUCUGGUUGGCGCCAGCCUACGUGAACAGCUCGGCAUCCAGGAUUAUGAUCUACUUCGGUUUGGACCCCCACCUCCCGGAUCUGCCAAAUCUGUCCCAUCAAAGGCCACUCAGCAAAAUGGUGAUGCUUCGACGGCUUCAACGGCAGCAGAGGAGAGCGAGUCGGACCUGGCCGGCGUCGAGCGCAUCCUCAGUGAUGCCAAAGAAGCAAUUUCGGCGUGCUUCCGCGCACGCGCCCUCGAAGCGUCCGCCGGCUCCGCUUCCGACACUAGACCGUUCCAAGGGUCCUCGAGCAUGCUGCUUUCGGGAGGGCCUGGCUCCGGCAAGACGGUCGUCGCCAAACAGCUCGCUGCCGACCUCUCACGCGACUUUGAGCUUUGCCUCGCCACUUCGUACUACGACUGUUCGCCUUUCAGCGAAGAGCGCGUCCCCGUGCUACGCGCCCGCUUCACCGAAUGGCUCAACGAGGCCGCUUGGAAAGCUCCCAGUCUGCUCAUCCUCGACAACAUCGAUCGCAUCAUCCCGGCCGAGAUGGAACACGUCGAUUCGCAGCGUUCACGUCAGCUCGCCGAGGCGUUUGUCGCAAGAGUCAGGGACUGCGUCAAGAGUUUCGGCGUCUUUGUCGUGGCAACAGCACAGGCCAACACGAGCAUCCACAGCUUGUUGAACUCCAGUCAUUUGUGGCUCGACAACAUGCAACUCAAGCCGCCCGGUAAAGAUGGAAGGCGGGACAUCUUGACGCAUCUGGUAAGCAAGAAGCUGAAUAAUGCCAAUAAGGAUGGCGAGCGGGCGAGUUCAGAGUUGAACUUUGUCACCCUGGCGACGCAGACCGAGGGGUAUCUGCCGGCAGACUUGAAGGACCUGGUGGAGAGAGCCACGCAUCAAGCUGCCAUCCGCAGUGCAGAGACAGGCGCCAAAGCCAGUCACGGUCGUCCUGCAGUCAAUGGCCUGGCAAAGAACGGCAACCAGCCUGUCGUUGCGAACGGGACCGCCGCUCAUCAAACAGACGCACACGAAGCCCUUUCAAUUACCAUGGAUGACUUCACGCAGGCCCAGGAUGGAUUUACGCCCUUGUCAUUGCGAGACGUCAAGCUCGAAAAAUCUUCGGUCGCAUGGUCCGACAUUGGCGGCUUGGUCGAGACGCGUCGUGUGCUGCGCGAGACGUUGGAGUGGCCCACCAAGUAUGCGGCCAUCUUCGCUUCGUGUCCGCUCCGACUUCGAUCGGGUCUCUUGCUCUACGGCUACCCAGGAUGUGGUAAAACGCUCCUAGCUUCGGCCGUAGCGAAGGAAUGCGGACUCAAUUUCAUCAGCGUCAAAGGACCCGAGAUCCUCAACAAGUACAUCGGUGCGUCGGAGAAAUCCGUUCGCGAUCUGUUCGAUCGAGCUCAAGCAGCGAAGCCAUGCGUGCUGUUCUUUGACGAGUUCGACUCCAUCGCUCCGAAACGUGGACAUGACAGCACCGGUGUGACGGAUCGCGUGGUCAACCAGAUGCUGACGCAGAUGGAUGGUGCGGAGGGUCUGGAUGGAGUGUACGUGCUCGCUGCGACGAGCAGACCGGACUUGAUCGAUUCGGCACUGCUGAGACCAGGAAGGUUGGAUAAAUCGUUGCUGUGUGAUAUGCCGGGAGAGGAGGAUAGGCUCGACAUCAUGAAGGCGAUCGCUACCAAGGUCCACCUGCAUCCAGAGGUCAGGUUGGACGAGUGGGCGAAGAGGACAGACGGCUUCUCGGGAGCGGAUCUGCAAGCUUUGCUGUACAACGCGCAUCUGGAAGCCAUCCACGAAUCUAUCAACGCGGUGGACGCAGGUGACAAAAAGGAGGAGGAAACUCAAGGCGAGGUGAAAUUCACCAGCAUCGGUGGCGGAAAGAAGACGCUCAGCGGAGCCGAGAGGCAGGCGUUGGUCAGGAAGUUGGAGUUGGUACUGAAGAACUCCCAACCGCAGAUGAAACGCGUUUUACCGUCAAACCUCACGUCCAAAACGGCAUCGAACGGCGUAGAGGUGAAGAAGAACAAGACGCUGGUGACGGAAGCUCAUUUGGAAACGUCGAUCAAGAGCACGCGGCCGAGUGUUCCGAUGGAAGAGCAGAGGAGGUUGAGAGGGAUUUAUAGGACUUUUGCGGGCGACAGGGAGGGCAACUUCCCGGAUGGAGAGGCAAGUACUCAGAUUGGUGCUAGGAGCAGUCUCAUGUAG